CCUGACUGCGUGGGUCCCCCUCGAGAGCCUCACAAAGCGCGUCCCAGGCAAUCGAGCACCAGUAGCGUCUAGUGUUCGCAUACAGGUUGCUUGCUCCUCACACAGACACGUUCAAACCACUUAACCUGACACAAUGCCGUUUGGACUUGGAAAGAAGGGCAGCAGUGCCAAAGACCUUAUGAAGUCCAAGGUCGGGGACCUGGAGGCCGCUAAGACCAAGCUUGAGGAGGAUGUCGAGAAGUACAAGACGGAGGUAGAGUCAUACAAGAACGAGGCUGAGGACGCCAAGAAACAGGUCGAAGAGGUCAAAGUCAAGGCCGAUGAAGAGGUCAAAAAUGCCAAACAGGAAGUAGAGACCGUAAAGAAGGAGGCGGAGGAGACGAAGACUGGGCUGAUGGAUCAGAUAGCAAAGUACAAAAAGCAGUUGGAGGACCUCAAGAACCAAAUUGCACAGUUGACGUCAGGGGAGGGACUCGGGAAUAUCAAGGAGGCAGCAGGCGGCAUGUUGUCCCAGGGCGCCUCUAAGUUUGGCUUCUAGUACUCUUCAUCUCACGGACUGUUGUGUCGCUUCAGUUUCAUCUUCUCUCGACUUUGUGAGAACAAUGUGACAUUUCACUUAAAUAAAUACAUAUCUGCAUCUCGCGGCAGAGACCGCACGGUCUCAGCAGGUUAGCAGCAAACGAAGCGUCGUCACAUCUCCCGCGAAAACAUAUCAUUGAUAACAAGUUGUUGUCGAGUAUAGACGAGUUGUCUCCCUUAUAUCAGUUCCCUUCACGGCAUGGGCGAGUCAUUCUGUAUUGCUUUGUAAAUGACACACAACCCUACAAAAAAUAUAUGGGAUAAUAGCUUGGAACAAGUGUAUUAAAUCUUGGAAAACUUAUUGGUUUAAAUGCAAUCACUGACAAGCCAACAGACGUAUGGUUGUCAGCAGCGUUUUUGACAAAACUAAAGCAUUUAGGUGCCUUCUUCGAUGUAGUGAUAGAGUACAAAAUGGCAGCCGUAAUGUGUGUCUGUUUGACGUAUCGUGUACCCGUCAGUAUGUAUCACAUGUCAUCCCUGUGCCGCGAGGCGUAACACGUGCUAGUAGAACAACCAGUAGACACAGCCUAUCUUCAUGUACCUGCAAACAGAACAUAUGGAUAAGUUCUGAUGUAUUUAAAUAUAUGCGACUUCUGUCAUAUACAUAUGCUUGAAAAUAUUUACAUCGAUGUUGAUAAUUGGUCAGUACUAUAUGUGUGGCGAAUCAUUCAUCGUGGAUCAAAUCUUCUGUGCCUUGGGUAUAGCACCUGGUGAAAGUGCUCAACCAUACCUUUAAUUAGAUGUGCAGGUGCCUGUACUCAACAGUUUCCCUGGCAGUCUCACACUGGGUGCUGCUCGAAGGCCAAGAGAUUUGACCACAAGGUGAAUGAUGGAGGGCAGCAAUAUGUCGAGUUUGUUCUUGGUCUCUGUGUUUCUGUUAUUCGUAGUUGGAACCAGUUGUGAUUGUAGUUUUCUUUACUGUUUGUUCGAGAUUAAAUAUUUGUAUACAUCUAUCCCA